GUCUGGAAAUCCUACGUUCAUUUCCCUGGUGUUGUUGAUGGUUUCGUUGGUCCCGAUUCUGCGCCCAAGCGAUCUUGACCAUGAAGAUCUCGUGUGUGGCAACGGAUCUUACUCUUCAGCACGUCGUUCCCCAAGAUCGAGUCGUUUUCCGGACGAAGACCGGUCGCACAUCAGCACGAGCGACACCUGUAUCAUCAACGACCUCGAACGAGAGCUCCUGCGUUGUUUCCUACCAGGUGCUGGCGUCGCCGUCUCGAACGUGGGCGCCGGGGACCCGCAGCAGGCGCUUAUUGUUCUCCCAGAUAAAUCGCGUGUCGUCGCCCAUUGUGGGGUGAAGACCAUCUUCAUGAAGCGUAGCGGAUCCUUGCGAUAGUUGAAUGGUGCUCCACAGCAGUCGAAUCACACCAUCCGC